CACCUUUGUAAAGUGUGUUAGUUUGGCAGAGAAGUGACUUCUUCCUCCACCUUUGUAAAAUGUGUUUAACAGAGAAGUGACUUUUCUUCUUCCGCCUUUUUCAUCACCGCCUGACAAAGCAGCAAGAAGAAGAAGAAGAAGAAGAGCGGCGUCACUCUCUGACUCUUCCUCCUCCAGCAGCAGCCAUGAAGAUAGCAUCUUUCAACAUCCAGAAGUUUGGAAGAAGCAAAGUGUCCGAUCCAGAGGUCCUUCAAAUCCUUGUCCAGAUUAUCUCGCGCUAUGACAUCAUCUUGAUCCUGGAGGUGGUGGACAUCAGCGGGAGGUCGGUUGAGACCCUCAUGGAUGCACUCAACACGUCGGACACGGCCCAUCACUACACUCUGAAGAUCAGCUGUCGGCUGGGACGCUCCCGCUACAAGGAGCAGUUCAUGUUCCUGUACAGGGACGACUUGGUGGACCUGGUGGGCUCCUACCAGUUUGACGACCAGGGGACCGACAGCGGCGACGUUUUCGCCAGGGACCCUUACAUCCUGCGAUUUAGAUGCCACGACACAGUGCUGAAGGACCUGGUGAUGAUCCCAGUUCACACCAAGCCAGAGGACUCGGAGACUGAGCUGGACGAGCUUUAUGACGUCUUUCAGCACAUGAAGAGCAAGUGGAGGACAGAUAACGUGAUGAUCCUGGGCGACUUCAACGCAGACGGCUCGUACGUUUCCGACCGCGACAUGCUGAACAUCCGCAUCCGCAGCGACAAGAACUUCCACUGGCUGAUCGGAGACGACGUGGACACCACGGCGAGCACGGGGAACACACACACUUAUGACAGGAUCGUGGUGUACGGAGACGACAUGCUCAACGCCGUCGUGCCCGACUCCGCCAGACCCUUUAACUUCCAGAAGGCGUUCCGCCUCAGCAACGAGCAGGCACUGAAGGUCAGCGACCAUUACCCCGUAGAGGUGGAGCUCAAGUCUCGGACCAGACCACCACCCGAAACUCAAGGUCCACUGCUGGAUGGAGAGCUGCUGGAGCUGAAGAGAGGAAACCUGCUGCUGGAGAGGGAGAAGCUCAACCUGGAGAUCCAAAUCCUGCGCGUGAAACUGUCCAGGAUGACGCACGGCGACGUGGAGGCAAACGAACGCAGGCCUCCCAACUGUACUGUAAGCUCUCACCUCCACAUCCAACACAUCGACGUGGAAUACCAACAUCAAUGUGCUUGAAUUCUGUCAAAAAGAAUGUGCCUUAAAAAUGUUUUUUCAAGGGUUUCAUUUUCAUUUUUUUAUAUAUAUUUUUUCUUUAUUUCAGGCAAUGACAUUUUUUUAAAAAAAGUACAAGGUAGACAACACGUAAUAAUAUACAUUAAUAUAAUGCAAAAGGUGUCAGGUUUAAGCAGGGCCGGCCCGUGGCAUAGGCCGUAUAGGCAAAUGCUAAGGGCGCCGUCCAUCAGGGGGCGCCACGCCAGUGCCACAAAUGUUAUUAUUAUAUUAUUAUUAUAUUAUUUCUAAAUACAAAAAAUAAUCCCACGUUAAUUAAAAUGCAAAGUAAAGCCUAUUUAAUAGAAAUAUUAUUUGUUACAACAUUACGGCGCCCCCUCCCUUCCCGUAUCAUGACUCUUUUUGGAUGUCACCGCAUCAAAAAAUCAACACAAGAUGUCAAAACGGCCAAAACUGUCAGGUGCCCAGAGAAGAAAAAAGAGAAAAGAAGAGGAGAAACGAGAAAAAGACAUAGAGGUAGCAGGGAGGUAACGUUAGCCUACAUGAAAUUAUUUGUCUGUUACAGAAUAUGAUAGUAACCAGCAUUAAGCUAAUGUUACAUGAUUCGGCAAUUGCUAAUCAAUAAAUAACUAGUUCUGUUUUAACGUCGGGUUAAUAUUGUGGAGGGGGCUAAAUUGUUAUGGAAAAUAAUAAUGUAACGUUAGGUAAUUACAGUACUCCCACCUUACAUUCCUCAGGGACAUUUGUAUUAGAUCUUUUAAGCAGGUGUUUUUUGUUGACAUUGUUAUUGCCUUCUGGUUAGCUAAUGUUUGCCCUGCAGGUAAUAGUCACUUUUCCACCCCUUUAUAUAUUAGGUAUAGUUGUAAGCCUAGUUGUUAAAGUGCACAUUAUUAAUGUUAAUUAAGCAAUAUCACAUGAGAGGGAAUGCUGUUUUUUUUAAUUUGAGCACUGCUGUGAUUCGGUUAAAGAUAAUCAUAACAUAACAUUCUCAUAUAAUAUGUUAAUUUGCUUUCUUUAAGUUAAAAAAAAAGAAGGUCAAAGACAAAGCUAUUCGGUUUCUUGUGAGUAUAUACACUUCACUGCCGAUGGGCGCCAGAUUGGUUAGGGCCAGGCCUGGGUUUAAGCACCGCUGACAUCUAUUAAACAGAACAAGAAGCAAGGAAUCAGGCAGAGACAGAGUUCAAUUUAGCUCAUGGGGAGAAUGCAUGGAGCUGCACUGUCAGGUUCAAACGCUGAUGACAUCUACUAAACAAGACAAGAGGCAAAGAAUCAAACAGAGACAGAAUUAAAUUUGGACUCUAUCGAGGAGAAACCUGGCGACCAUGCUCUGCCAAAAGAUUGCACUCCUUCUUUAUUGGACUUUAGAAUAAAAUAGAUAGACUUUAUUCAGCACCACAGUUCGCUCACAUCCAUUUUCUACUGCUUGUCCCAUAAUCAAUAAACCAGUCAAUCUAUAUAAUAAUGUAUUGUAGAGCAGGUAGUGGCAAAGCACUUGAUAUGAAAUAUUUUCAAAGGAUUGCUUUGAUGUGAGGCUUUAAAAUGUCUCAAUAGUACUGUAAUGGUCCCAAUAUUGACACCCGAGGAACACCUUGACUGAAUAACAUUUGCAAACCAACUUAAAGGAGAGCGAUUAUGCAAAAAAACAACAACAAAACCACCUUCUCUUACCUCUUGGUUGUAUUCUGACACGUAACUUUUGAAGGGAAGUGACCAACGUGACGGAUCACCAAAGCAACUAUCUGAGUACGCAAGGGGCCUAGAUCUUACCGCUAAAAGCAGAUACACGCAAAUAAUCCAACUAUGCAAUGGAAUUUAUCCCUUUAUGUUCUCAGAAAAAUAUUUGUGGAGUGAUAUUGAGGAUUAUACGUCGGUCACGUUCUCAGAUAUGUCAAAUUAUUGUGCUCCACACAUCAUUCUACACAACAAAACAAAUGAAAACUUGUAAAAGCAUGGAGGUCUACAACUUCUUUGUGUGUGUCUGGGUCAAGGACAUUGGUAUCAACACUCUCCAUGAUAAAUAUGUAUCCUUUUUGCUCGGGUAAUGUUGUAUUCCAUGAUUUAACUUCACGUCUACAUAAGCUAUGUUUGUUGUUGUUGUUGUACGUGUCGUUUACUAGUAGCGGGUUUUUAUUUAUCAAAAUAUAACUAUAGAUGUCAACAUUGUGUACGUGCUGAUUCAUUUAUGAUUGUUUAUCAAAAUAUAACUAUAGAUGUCAACAUUGUGUACGCGCUGAAAGAUUCAUUUAUGAUUGUUUAUCAAAAUAUAACUAUAGAUGUCAACAUUGUGUACGUGCUGAAAUAUUAAUUCAUGAUUAUCAAAAUAUAACUAUAGAUGUCAACAUUGUGUACGUGCUGAAAGAUUCAUUUAUGAUUGUUUAUCAAAAUAUAAAUAUAGAUGUCAACAUUGUGUACGUGCUGAUUCAUUUAUGAUUGUUUAUCAAAAUAUAACUAUAGAUGUCAACAUUGUGUAAGUGCUGAAAGAUUCAUUUAUGAUUGUUUAUCAAAAUAUAACUAUAGAUGUCAACAUUGUGUACGUGCUGAAAUAUUAAUUCAUGAUUAUCAAAAUAUAACUAUAGAUGUCAACAUUGUGUAUGUGCUGAAAGAUUCAUUUAUGAUUGUUUAUCAAAAUAUAACUAUAGAUGUCAACAUUGUGUACGUGCUGAUUCAUUUAUGAU